AUGGAUCUCGUCCUGGGAGCUGCAGACCGCUAUGUCUUCACGCCCUACGUCUACCCUGCCACGUGGCCAGAGGACAGCUUCUUUCGACAGACCCUCAGUCUCCUCAUUGUAACGAAUCUUGGGGCUUACAUCCUCUAUUUUCUCUUUGCUACACUCAGCUAUUACUUUAUCUUUGAUCACUCUUUAAUGAAACAUCCACAAUUUUUAAAGAACCAGGUCUAUCGAGAGAUCAUGUUCACGGUCCGGGCAUUGCCGUGGAUGAGCAUUCCCACGGUCAUGCUGUUCCUGCUGGAGCUGCGAGGUUACAGCAAGCUGUACGAUGACAUAGGCGGCUUUCCGAGUGGCUGGUUUCAGCUCAUCAUUAGUGUGCUGUCCUUCCUCUUUUUCACUGACAUGCUGAUCUACUGGAUCCACAGAGGCCUUCAUCAUAGACUUGUGUAUAAGCGCAUCCAUAAGCCACAUCACAUCUGGAAGAUCACUACUCCCUUUGCAAGUCAUGCUUUUCACCCUGUGGAUGGCUUCCUUCAAAGUCUGCCUUACCACAUAUAUCCUUUCAUCUUCCCGCUGCACAAGGUGGUUUACUUGGGUCUGUACAUCCUGGUCAAUAUCUGGACAAUUUCCAUUCAUGAUGGUGACUUUCGUGUCCCCCAGAUCUUAAGGCCAUUUAUUAAUGGCUCAGCUCAUCAUACAGAUCACCACAUGUUCUUCGACUACAACUACGGACAGUACUUCACAUUAUGGGAUAGGAUUGGAGGCUCCUUCAAAAACCCUUCCUCCUUCGAAGGGACAGGGCCACUCAGUUAUGUGAAGAAGAUGGAGGAAGAAAAGUGCAGCACCAAUGCAGGGAGCGCUCGCCAAGAGGGAAAGUCACUCCUUGGAGAGUUUACAAAGACUGAGUAG